AUGUCUCAGACCAUGACAACUACCUCACUUUCCGUCCCACUACCCCUGGACAUGACCACCGAGGAUCCAGUUCCAUCAACCAGCAGAGCCACUCAUAAAUUCUAUGAACCAAUCAUCCUCUACGAGGCUCUUAUCGACGCAGUCAAACAUACCGCCAAGCCGCCAGCCCCAGAGCCAAACAUCAACAUCGAAGACCCAAAGCAAGUCUUCUGCGCCUUUGUCAACAAACUCAGCCACGUCUGCGACAAGGAGAGGGGCGGCAAUACAGUCACCUCCUUCGUCGUGCUCAAAGACCAGCACAAUCCUGCCAGAGCUCACUUCGUCUUCGCAGCCAACAGGCAGACUGUCAGCGAACUGGGAGUCACGGCUGCCUAUGUCAAGUCUCUGCUUCAGAAGAUAAACAUGGCACCCGAUGAAGAAGUGAACCAGCAUAAUGUCAGGAGCUCGCUGCUCUACCACAUUUUGCGGUUUAAUCGCCCCAGAGUCUCUUUCUAUUUGCGCAAUCUUCGCUCUCAGGCGGCCACUUGCCUUGAAAGCUGCCAAUUGACUGAUACAGAAGAGGACGACCUAAUUGCAGAGGAGCUAAACAAGAUUCUGGUCUGUCCCAGUAUUGGCUCGAAUGAGAAUGAUCUGCCAGUUGACUACCUUCGCCAGUCAGAGACAAUGAUCCAGCUCCUCGUCCGAAUGGAGAAAACCCCAGCCGGCGCAGCAAUCAAGACUCGCGCCAUGGAAGAGCGAAUGCCCGGCGUCACAAGCAUGGAGUGCUGGCCGAAGCUCUUCCACACCAUGAGCCGCAUCUUGGCUUACCUCCAGUCCGUCAAGUUCCUGCUCCGUGCAAAGAGAGAGUGGCCGAGCCUCUUCCAAGAUCCGGCCGUAGACUUCCUUUCGUCGAGUCGUCAAAUGGUGAAGCCAGCCCGGCAAAAGAGUCAGAGAGCCGACGAGAUCAUCGGGCGCAUGACUCGCAAAGCAAAGAAUAUUGAAAUCUUUAGAAGAUUUGUCGAGGCUUUGCAGAUGUUUGACCUUGACGCUCGAAUCCAACAUGGGUUUAGAAAAGAUUCUUUCAAGCCCGUCGCGCAUGCGGAAGUCAUCGUGCUCAACUGGCUGUUGAAGCCAGGAGAAGUUGCUCCAGACAAGUUUUUCAAUGACUGGGCGUAUAUCGGCAGCGGCAAGCCGACUUGUAAGCUAUGCGUCCAUUACUUCCGUGAACAUCGAUCAAAUGUCGAGCAUCGACGUUCUCACGGCAAUUUCUAUCCUAGCUGGCGCAUUCCUGACGUAUUUCCGCAUCAAGGUCAAAAGGCCAUAGAGCAGAAACAAAUAAUGGUGGAUCGAGUGCUGGAGCAAGUGAGAAAGGAUACUUUUGAUUUGGUGAGGAAGAAGGCUUCGCCAAGUAUGAAGGAAGCUGACUCCAACACACUGACGGCGAGAAUGACGCUUAAUGAAUACUGGUCUGUACGGGGGUCACAAGACGAUGAUUUUGACGAUAUUGCAUCCAGAUUGGGAGGAGUAAGCCUGAAUUCUUAG